AUGGGAUCAGACAGACGGCUGCUCAGUUCGUGCCAUGUUCUGUUAAGGGGUAGUUUACUAUCCCCUUGAUCUCCAUCGAAACCCACGCCAUGGAAGGGUGAGCGACGAUCGAGCAAUAACAGACGUAGUAUUAUUGUGUGUCGGUUGAUUCAUUGGAGCCGGUCAAGUGAAUCGCAACCGGUGUUGUCGUGAAAUGUAAACAUUCUGUAAGUUCUUACUGCCAUUCUAGACAAGGUGCGUUCCCAAACCUUACCGGCAAUAUUUGGCAAGUGCAAUAAUACAGAAUGUUAAUUGCUUAUUUCAAUUCUGUCAUCUCGUGCCGGGUGCAGUGAAAUAAUAUUCUGUUAGUGAUGUGAUUGUGUUAGUGAAGAUAGAGAGAAACAUUUAUUAAUAAAGUGAAACCAAAUUUCUGCAAAGAAACGGUGCCUUUCAACAUGCCAUCGACGGAGGAUUCUACAGCAUUAAUAAACAACAUCGAAACCAAUGGUAGCGAUGUGCCAAAUGCAAGACAGGUCAAUCCAAGUCAGUUACUGUCCAGCGGAUCACCCCCUAACGGACGUGGUUCAACAACCAACUACGGCUCAGUAAAUGCAGCAGGUGUAACUCACAAUCAACCUUCAUCAAUACCUGUAUAUCGACCCGGUGUUAAUCCAGAUGGGACACAUGUUAUUCACAUCAGCGACGAUGGACAUAUCAUUCCGAACAUUAAUGUGUACCAACAGAAAAAAAGCCUCGCACAGGGUAUGAUGGAUUUGGCACUUCUAUCGGCCAACGCUAAUCAGCUACGUUACGUGCUCGAAUCGUGCCAAAAUCAUCCCUUCUUCUACGUCAAUCUCGUCUUCGUCUCAACCAGCAUUUUCGUUCAGGUAGUGGUCGGUUUUGGGUUAAUCUGGAAAAGCCAGUAUAACAUGAACAACCCGGAUGAUUAUCGUGCGGCAACACGGAUCAACAAUCUCGUCUCGAUCGGUAUCUUCAUCAUAACGCUCGUUAACGUGAUGCUAUCGGCGUUCAGUAUUGCAGAAAUCAGCGAAAAAAAGUAGUCUAUUUGCUUAAAGAAUUGUUAGUAUACAAUGAAUGAUGAAGAGUGUGCAUUUAUUCGAUAGCGAUAAGAAUUUAUCUUAGAACAAAAAGUAUGAUGAAAAUAAGGCAUUUCGUCGUCUUCUCGGCUAAUGUUUUAGAUAUUUUGGAUACCAAUACUGCCUUACUGACAACAGGAAAUCUCUUAAUGGGUCAAAUAUAACAAGAUUUUUUUCAUCGUUAAGAUGUUCUUAUCUUGGCGGAAAAAUAGUUAUAUAUUGUUACAAUAAAUGUUGGUUACGCCUAGACGGAUAGAAUAAAAUUGAUUUUAUAAUAAAGACGACAUACGGCAAGGCCGUUUGAGCAGAAUUUACCAUUUGUUUUUGUUUUUUUAAACGAUAAUCUGCAACCACAUAUUCUAAAGAAAAAUAUCUGUAUUAGCCUUAGAUUAUUAGGAAGUUGAAUUAAUUUUGAAUUAGUCAUUCAAAUAAAUUUAAAAUUUCAACAUAAAUGUCCAUAAACAAUGUGAAUUUUGAAAAAAAAAAAACUAAAUGAAAUAUUUCAGAAAUAUUUCAAACCGCUGCGGGAGCAGAUGAUUUAAA